GGCACGUUCGUCGCCUCGUGCGCAUCACCAGUUCACCACCCCAUUUCCCAAAGCUCGACCAAAGCCCGCCCCCCCACCCACCCCCCCCCCCCCACCUCGUCCUCCCCGCCGCGCACCAAACCCUAGCCAGCCCCGCCGAUCCCAAUGGCCGCCGCGCACCACCGGCCCCUCCACGCCCUCCUCGGCGGCGGCGCAGCCGCCGACCUGCUCCUCUGGAGGCGGAGGAACGCCUCCGCGGCGGCCGUCGCGGGCGCCACGCUCGUCUGGUUCGUCUUCGAGCGCGCCGGGUACAGCCUCGCGUCGGUCCUCUCCAACGCCCUCCUCCUCCUCGUCGUCAUCCUCUUCUUCUGGGCCAAGUCCGCCUCGCUGCUCAACAGACCUCUUCCACCACUGCCUAAUCUAGAGGUCUCAGAUGUGGUCGUUCAGAAAGCUGCAGAUCGGGCUCUUGUAUGGGUAAACAAGGUGUUGGCUGUUGCCCAUGACAUUGCCAUCAAGAGAGACAGGACAGUUUUUAUAAAGGUUAUAAUGGUUCUAUGGGUGGUUUCAUGUAUUGGGAUGCUCUUCAACUUCUUUACGCUCAUUUACAUUGGUGCACUACUCGCUCUGUUGGUUCCCCCGGUAUAUGAGAGGCACCAAGAGGUUAUUGAUGAAAAGGUUGGUUUAGCACACAGCAUACUGUCAAGGCACUUGAAUACCGUCAUUAGCAAGACUGGGCAACCAACUAAACAAAAGAAGGCUGAGUAGAAGAAAUAUUUUGUCCCAUUUGGAAGCUCUCCAGUUGUCCAGUGCAGUUGGCCUCGUCAUCAGAGUCUCUAUACGGUGAUCCAUCCACCGCUGAGAGUAUUUCUGGAUAUUCAGGGCAUAAUGUUUAACUGCUGAUACGUGAGUUUAGAUGCACGAUCUUCAAUCUGAGAAAUGGAAUGAUCUGUAUAUUGUUUCUAUGAACAUGAAACUUGUUGAGGUUUA